AACAGUUCUAAUCAAGAUGUGGAAGCUACUGCUGGUUAUGUUAUUGAUGUCUCUGGCCAUGAUCUGCAUGGGACACGUGACAUUUACCAACCUGAACUGCAGCUCGUAUGAUUUGGACUUCUUAAGUUUUCCUACGUGUCAUAUUAAGGCGGUUAACCGAACUCACAAGUAUAUCAACAUCUACGUUAAAAUAUAUAAGCUUCCCAUUGUUCAUAGUUGGGUCAAUGUGAAGUUCAAGCGAUUUGAUAAUGGAUACAAGCCAUUCUUUUUCGAUCUGUCCUAUGAUGGCUGCAAAUUUUUGAGAAAACAGGAUAAUAUACUGGCUCGAACGUUUUAUAGGACAUUCCAGGGGAGCUCCAAUAUAAAUCACACGUGUCCCUAUAAUCACGAUAUCAUAGUAGAUAAGUUGUUUACCGGUAAUCUGGAAAAGGAGUUCGGUCGAUUUAUACCAAUACCGAACGGAGCCUAUGCCCUUUACACCGAGUGGAGUACCCAUAAUGUUCCAAGAGCCUCAGUUAAAAUUUAUAUUAAGAUAUCGGAAUAAUUCC